UUCCUUCACUGAAUCUGGCUGACCUCAGUUUCUCCUUGAUGAAGUCGGCUGAGGAUGCACGCGUGCUUCCUUGACGCCAGUCCCGACUCGGCGCGUGCGCGCCGCCGUGUCUGUGUCCGCGGCGUUCAAUAAAGUUGCACGCUUGUGGUCGACCCCUGCGCCCGAGAGGUUGCGCGCGCCGCCCAGGAAGUCUCGCGAGAACGAGCGGCGGCUGUCCUUGGGCUCGGGGAGCCGGCGGGCUUGUGUGGUGAGGGGUCGGGGGUUCGCAGUUAUGGCGCGGACGCUUCUUCAGCGAUACCUGGACAUCCCCGAUGGCACCGAGUGCCACCGCAAGACCUACGCCAGCACCACAAUCAGUGGUGCCGCUGGCCUGAUCGUCUCUGCCUACAGUGUCAUACUCCAGCCCCCGGAUUCCUUCCUGGAGGGGGUGGCGAGGACAGGGCGGUACACGUUUACUGCAGCCGCCAUCGGAGCCAUAUUUGGCCUUACCUCCUGCCUCAGCGCCCAGGUCCGAGAGAAGCCCGACGACCCCCUGAACUACUUCAUUGGAGGCUGUGCCGGAGGCCUGACCCUGGGAGCACGCACCCACAGCUACGGGGUCGGAGCCGCCGCCUGCGCGUACAUGGGCAUGACGGCCGCGCUGUUCAAGAUGGGCCAGCUGGAGGGCUGGAAGCUCGUCGCGGCGCCCAAGGUGUAGUCCCGCCGCCUCCUGGGUCUGCGGGCAGGUUCCGAAGCAAAGAGAAAUAAAUUCUGUGUAUACUUGUU